AUGCAAUACUUGGAGGCGCCUUUACAUACUAUUUACCUCAAGUCAGACUUGGUUACGGGCUUUGUGACUGUGGGGGUUUGCCCGUGUUUCCCAAUUGAGGGAGUGUCCUUCAUUUUGGGGAAUGACUUGGCUGGGGGUAAGGUGCUGGUAAAGCCGGGAGGUGGGGAUCCUGGAAAAGAAGGAAAGGAGCCAGUGGCUUAUGGUCACGCAGGAGAAAACACUGACGCCAACCCUUUUGCCGAGUACAUGUGGAUGGAGAACGAGGAGGAGUAUAACGGACAGGUGGAGGAGCUGCUGGAGCGGGAGUUCUUGGAGCGCUGCUUCCAGGAAAUGCUGGAGGAGGAAGACCAGGACUGGUUCAUCCCUUCACGUGAUCUCAACAAACCAGGGGGUGGGCAGCAGCUCAACGGCCUGUCGGCCAACGAUCACCACAGCAACCUGGAGGAGGUGGCAAGGAAGAGCAUCUUGAAUCCUGAAGCAAAGGAGUUCAUCCCGGCAGGGAUAAUGUUGUGGCCAAUGUGUUGUUGCGCAUGUGCUCUGCAUCAGGUGAUUAUCUGGCUCCGCCUGUAUUAA